AUGAAGGCUGCCAAGGGAAAGCACAAGGCUAUGGAGGAAUCUCCCUCUGAUAUGCUACUACAGGCGAGAGAUAGCAGUCCAAAAACUCCGCUGGAGCUUCCAAAUAUGGGCACUUCAAAGCCAUUACCUUUUGAGUUUAGAGCUCUUGAAAUAUGUCUAGAUUCUGUCUGCAAGAACCUCGAAUCCGAGACUUCCACGCUGGAGAAAGAGGCAUAUCCAGCUUUAGAUCAAUUAUCAGCUAAAACCAGUUCGCGUAGCCUCCAACAUGUGAGGCUUAUAAAAGGCCGUUUGGUUGCUCUGUCUGGCCGUGUUCAGAAGGUGAGAGAUGAGCUUGAACAUUUACUGGAUGAUGAUGCGGACAUGUCUGAGAUGUACUUGACCAAAAAACUUGCUCGUCUAGAAUCUGAUAGGUUCUUACUAAAUGUUGAGCAGAAGGAUGCCAAUGAAUCUGAAUUACAUGAUAUGAGUGAUGCGAAUGAUGGAAGCAGCAUCGCACCUAUUAGAGGUCAUAAGCCAAAUAUUGAAGAGUUGGAAUUACUAUUGGGAGCAUACUUCAUGCAAAUGGAGGAAAUCUUAAACAAACUACUCCGUCUGCGGGAAUAUGUCCAUGAUACAGACGAUUACAUCAACAUCAUAUUGGAUGAAAAGCAGAAUGAGCUACUCCAAUUGAGUGUUAUUAUUAACACAGUGACGAUGAUGCUCAAUAUAGGCAUUUUGAUUUUUGGAAUAUUUGGCAUGAAUAUAGUCAUCGAUCUCUUCAACAUUAAAACCUAUGCACAGUGGUAUGCAGCUUCUGCUGGUGUUGUUGGAGGCAUCUCAAUCCUAUUUAUUAUAACCAUCUUAUGGCUGAAGACAAAGGGAUUGCUAGGUUGA